AUGCUCGUUUUGGAUGUCUACCACCAGACAAACAGCCCACAGGAUCCCAUUGAAACCGGUUUCGCAUUCGUCGUGUCUGGAGCUGGUACCUUGCGUCAGUGGGGUGACGACGACGAAGACGAGUGGGAAGACACGAUGAAGUUUAGUGCUGUUGCGACCCUUCUCACCGUCCUUGCGGCGGUGACCUCCGCCAACCCAGUGACACGGUCGCACAGGCACGUCGUGCACGAGGAGAGGCACCCUGCCCGACGGGAAUGGGUCAAGAACCACCGGUUACACACCAUGGCCAGGCUGCCAGUCCGGAUUGGUCUCGCUCAGUCAAACCUUCAUCGCGCAAACGAGUUCAUGAAUGAUGUGGCGCAUCCCGACUCCCCUAAUUACGGCAAGCACUGGACUCAUGACGAAAUCGUCGAAAUGUUCGCUCCGAGGCAGGAGUCGAUAGCUUUGGUCAUGCAAUGGCUCGAAAGCGAAGGUAUCCACCGGAGUCGCGUUGCGCUCUCCAAGGGGCGCAACUGGGUUCAGUUCAACGGCACCGCGGGCGAAGUCGAGAGACUCUUGAAAACGGAGUACCACGUCUACAAGCACGAGCAAGGCCACACCCACGUUGCUUGCGACAAGUACCAUCUGCCGGAGCACUUGGUCGAUCACGUCGACAUCAUCACCCCCUCAGUACACUUCGACCAGAAGCUGGGGCAGCAGCGCAAGAACACCAAGCACGAACUCACCGAGGAGCAUGUUGAGGAGCUCAAGAGGCGACAGCUCAAGAAGCGUGAGCUCACCAAGCGGGGCAUUAAUGGCAUCAAGAACCCCUCAAUCGUGGGUAACCCGGACAGCGGAGCCGGGCCGAAGCAAGGUGCUGUCGUUCAGAACGCGCUCAUGAGUCUCGAGCAAUGCGACAUGAUGAUCACCCCGGAUUGCCUCAGAGCUCUCUACGCAACCCCGCCAGGAUCGCUGAAGAAUUCCAACAACACGCUCGGAAUCGUGGAGUACACCCCGCAAGCCUUCCUCCAGAGUGACCUGGACAUGUACUUCAAGGAGUUUGAGCCUCGUCUUGAGAAGACGCCCCCAAUCGUCACCUUGGUUGGAAACGCCGUCGUCCAGACUCAGAAUCAGAGCUUCCGCUUCAACGGAGAAUCUGCUCUCGAUCUCGAAUUUGCCAUGGCCAUGAUCUUUCCUCAAACGGCUACUCUUUACCAGGUUGGUGACAUCAACCAAGGCGCAAGUUUCAACAACUUCCUGGACGCGAUUGACGGCAGCUACUGCACCUUCCAAGGAGGCGGCUCCAAGGAUCCGAACAUUGACGGACAGUACAGCAACAAGGUCUGCGGCUCGGCGCCUAUGGUGAACGUCAUUUCUACAAGUUACGGCUUCAACGAGGCCGACCUCGGUCGCAAGUACGUUGAGCGCCAAUGCGCUGAGUACAUGAAGCUCGGCCUGCAGGGUGUCACGGUUUUGUACUCGUCUGGUGACUCAGGCGUCGCUGGAAACGGGAAGCAGUGUAUCGACUCGCAGACUGGCGCCUACAACGAGGGUGCCAACGGCAUCUUCAACCCCUCAUUCCCCGGCGGAUGCCCCUGGGUCACGUCCGUCGGCGCUACCCAGGUCUUGGAGGGCUCAACUGUUCACACCCCCGAGAGCGCUUGCCAGAAGGCCAUCUUCUCCGGUGGCGGUUUCUCCAACUAUUUCGCCAUCCCCGAUUACCAGAAGAAGAUGGUCGGAGAGUACUACGCCAAGAACGCGCCGCCCUACGGCGGAGAUCGCUAUAACAACUCCAAGGUUGUGCGUGGCUUCCCGGACAUUGCUGCUAACGGCGCCAACUACGUGACUGCUGUCAACGGCAAGUUCUCGUUGUCGUUUGGUACUUCAGCUUCCGCGCCAGUUGUCGGCUCCAUCAUCAACAUGAUUAAUGAGAAGCGCAUUGAGGCCAACAAGAAGCCCGUCGGUUUUAUCAACCCUACCCUCUACGCUCAUCCCGAGAUCCUCAACGACGUGACCAACGGAGACAACCCGGGCUGCGGCACAAAGGGGUUCUCUGCCGUGCCAGGAUGGGAUCCUGUGACUGGCAUGGGGUAA